CAUUACGAGAUUUUCUAUAAAAUACUCUGGACAGCUGGAAAUACCAAUAAGAAGUAUAGAUAAAGAUGAACGUGGUGACGUGGUACUCAAGCUUCCUCUGACUACAGAUAUGGCACCAACCUUUAGAAUUCUUGGUUACAUUUUGUUUCCUAAUCAAGAUGCUGCAGCAGAUUCUGUUCAAUUCAACAUGGAGAAAUGUUUCAGGAAUAAAGUAUCAGUCAAAUUCCUCCCGGGUGAAGUUCUUCCAAAAUCAGAUGUGUCUCUCCAGGUUGAGGCUGCUCCUGGAUCUCUCUGUGGUCUGCGAGUGGUGGAUAAGAGUGUGGUACUGAUGAAACCAGACAAUGAGUUAACCGCUACUAAAGUUUUUGAUCUUUUCCCAAUUUCCAGUUCACAUACAUAUAACAGACAAGUUGUGGAUGAAACGGAAUGUAAAUCGAGAAGAUUUUACUAUUUUAGUCGAAGAAAUAGGAACGAAGGUGAUGUGUGCGCCUAUUUUGAGAACUUGAGCCUAAAAAUAAUGACAAGUGCAAGAAUAGGUGAAUCUCCUAAAAAAGGAAGAGGAUUCAGAAAAAAUUCCCGUCCUGGAGACUAUGAAUUAUUUGUGCAGAAUAUUGAGGACGAGGACGAGGAGGAUUAUGCCCGGAUGGAGACAUCAAACAUAAUUCCUGUCAAAAAGCCGAAGUCAGUGAUGAUAAGACAUUAUUUCCCUGAAACAUGGAUUUGGAAACUGGAAGCUGUUGGGGACUCUGGGAUUGGCAUUCUCCAUGACACAGCUCCUGACACCAUCACAGACUGGCAUGGUGGGGCUUUUUGUACGGGUCCUGGAGGUUUUGGGCUGGCUUCUCCUGUACCUUUUCGAGUUUUCCAACCUUUCUUUGUGGACAUCACUUUGCCAUAUUCAGUGAUCAGAGGAGAAACUUUCACUCUUAAAUCCACAGUUUUUAACUAUUUGAAACAGUGUAUAAAGGUUAGGACUACACUUAUACCAUCUGCAGAGUUGGAAGAGAGGCCAUGUGAUGACUGCCAAUAUAGCAGCUGCCUCUGUGUAGAUGAGAGCAAAACCUUCUACUGGAACCUUAAAGCCUCCAAACUGGGGCAUGUGAACGUCACUGUAACAACAGAAGCUCUGGACACACAAGAUUUAUGCCACAAUGAGGUGCCUAUUGUCCCGAAACAGGGAAGCAUCGAUACGGUGGUAAAGCCAUUGCUUGUUCAGCCAGGGGGACUAAUGGAGGAGAAAUCAUACAGCGCUCUACUGUGCAGUCGAGGAGAAGAUGAUUCUAAAGUGGAAGAGAUUUCAUUAAAGAUUCCUGAAAACAUUCUGAAGGAUUCUGAAAGAGCCAACAUUGUAGUAAUUGGAGAUCUAAUGGGCACGGCAAUGCAAAAUUUGGACCGUCUUCUGGCCAUGCCAUAUGGAUGUGGUGAACAGAACAUGGUCCUAUUUGCCCCCAACAUUUUUAUCCUUCAGUAUCUGGAGAAGACUCAUCAACUGAAUAGUGAAAUUAAAAACAAAGCUACUACGUUUCUAGAGAGCGGAUAUCAGAGAGAACUGACUUAUAAACGUGAUGAUGGAUCAUACAGUGCAUUUGGGAAAAGUGAUAGCAGCGGAAACACCUGGUUGACUGCCUUUGUAGUGAAGUCCUUCAGUAAGGCUCGGCCAUACAUCUUCAUAGAUGAAAACCACCUUAAACAUUCUUUCUCCUGGCUGAAGAAAAACCAACAAGUCAAUGGCUGCUUUAGGAGUGUAGGACGACUUUUUAAUAACGCUAUGAAGGGGGGAGUAACAGAUGAAGUCUCACUCUCUACGUAUGUUACCAUAGCUCUGCUGGAGGCUGGAGUAUUAAUAGAGGAUCCUAUGGUCAGAGAUGCUGUGUCCUGCCUGAGAACAGCAGCUGAGACUGUCACUAAUGUAUACAGCCAGGCUCUGUUGGCCUAUGCCUUUACUUUGUCUGGAGACACGGAGCUCAGGGAGGCGAUGAUGGACAAACUUGAGGCACAAGUUGUGAGAGGAAAUCGUGAGCAGCAUUGGGAACGUUUGUCCAAACCUCAGUCUGAAGACUCAUACUGGUCCCGAGCUCCAUCAGCAGAGGUGGAGAUGACCUCAUAUGUGCUCCUAGCCGUCCUUUCUGGUCCAACUCAAGAUUUAGGCAAAGGCUCAGAGAUUGUAAAUUGGUUGAGCAAACAACAGAAUCCAUAUGGAGGAUUUUCUUCUACACAGGACACAGUGGUGGCUCUUCAGGCAUUGGCCAAGUAUGCAGAGGCCACCUUCAGUGACAAAGGAGAUGUGACUGUGACAGUAUCAUCCAAGACAGAAUUUAUGAAGCAGUUCCACGUAAAUAACAAUAACAGGCUACUUCUGCAGAGUACAUCGCUGCCAACAGUACCUGGAGAGUAUACGGUGAGAUCUUCAGGAAGCGGUUGUGUCUAUGUACAAACAGUCCUGAGAUACAACGUUCCUCCACCUAGACAAGAAGAAACCUUUGCAAUUAAAGUGGAGGUUCAAUCAAAUGAAUGUGCAGAAGAAUCAAUGACAAAACUGGAGCUCACAAUCACUGCUCGAUAUACAGGUUCUAGGCAAAAAUCCAAUAUGGUUGUUAUUGACGUGAAGAUGUUGUCUGGAUACAUUCCACUGAAGAGCUCAGUGAGAAAAUUGGAGGAGAACUUGAUAAAGAGAAGUGACAUCCAGAUGGAUAUGGUGACCCUGUAUCUGGAGGAGCUGGGGCAGGAUUCUAUCAACCUUUCAUUCUUCAUCGAACAAGAUAUUAAAGUAAAGGACCUGAAACCAGCCAUAGUGAAGAUCUACGAUUACUACGAGACUGAUGAACAUGCAGUUACAGAAUACAAUUCCCCUUGCAGCGGAGAAGACAAAAGUAAAACAAAUCAAGGCACAGAAUCCAAAAAUUAAAGACGAUGGGUCACUAUAAUGUGACCGUAAUGAUGAGAGGUCUACAGUCUUCAGUAAAAAAGAUCCAUUCUAGAUCCAUUGUAGAAAACCA